AUGCCGGCGACUGAUUUCCAAGGAUCGUCGGCUGCAUUCGGGAGGGCACUUUUGAGUCUGCGUCGCGAUCAGGUCCAUUCCAUGGACGGCCACGGCCACAACAGCCACGAGAGCUCCGGUCUCGAGUCGGAGCUCGAAGCGUUUCAGAAAUUGGUAGGGGAGAGGUUCCUCGAUCUCUCAUCGGCUAGAUCUGACGAUUUGCUUUCCCUCGCGUGGAUCCGGAAGCUGCUCGAUGCUUUCCUCUGUUGCCAGGAGGAGUUCAGGCUCAUUUUGUCGAGAAACAAGUCUUAUUGCGGCAAGGCGCCGUUGGAUCGAUUGGUCCACGAUUUCUACGAGCGGAGCGUCAAGGCCCUGGAUCUCUGCAACGCCGUCCGCGAUGGGAUUGAGCAGAUCAGGGAGUGGAGGAAGCUGUUGGAGAUUGUUCUCUGCGCCCUGGAUAACCAGAGGCUUCUCGGGGAAGGCCAUUUCCGCCGAGCGAAGAAGGCGCUGAUCGAUUUGUCCAUCUCCAUGCUCGAUGAGAAGGAGUGCACCGCUGCUUUGGCCCACAGGAACCGAUCUUUCGGCCGGCAUCAGUCUUCUUCCAAGGAUAACCAUCUGCGGGCGCUUGGCCAUUUCAGGUCCUUGUCCUGGAGCGUCUCGCGGUCGUGGUCUGCAGCUAGGCAGCUCCAGGCCAUCGGCAACAACAUCGUGCCGCCCAGAGCCAAUGAGGUUGUGUCUACAAGUGGUCUCGCCAUUGCUGUCUACACCAUGAACUCUGUUAUGCUCUUUGUAAUGUGGGCUCUUGUGGCGGCGAUCCCAUGCCAGGAUCGGGGUUUGCAGGUUCAUUUCUCGAUUCCCAGACACUUCUCCUGGGGUGCCCCUAUAUCCUCAAUGCACGAGAGGAUAUUCGAGGAGUCGAGGAAGCGGGAUAGGAGGAAUGCUUGUGGAUUGUUGAGGGAGAUUUAUCAGAUGGAUAAAUGCUCGAGGGUGCUGUCUGAUUUGGCAGAUUCUGUGCAGUUUCCAUUGCCGGAGGAAAGGGAGCGCGAAGUUAGGGAGAAAGUCCAGGAAUUGGGCCAAAUAUGUGAGGAUUUUAAAGAGGGGUUAGAGCCUUUGGAGAGACAAGUCAGAGAGGUGUUCCAUAGAAUCGUUCAUAGCCGGACGGAAGGGCUUGAUACUCUGGGAAGAGAAGUGGUGUUUGGUUUCUUUCUUCUUACAUGGUGGAAGGAGUCUCCAAUGGCAGCCAUGCUCUACACCGUCAGCAGCUGUGCCCAUGAGGCGACAGAGUCAAUUGACAAUCCGCAGGCCAUUCAUGAACCUGGGGUCAGCCUAAACAGAUGCAAGAAAAUUGAAGUUUCCUGGCCAGAAAGAAAGGGACUCAUCAUCAGCCUUAGCAUACUAGGUGGGGCUGGAGGUCAACUCAGCCACUAGUGGAUGCAGAGCAAACAAACAGUUUCAUGAAAAGAAUAGAUGAAGUCUGAUGAGUGAUGAUCAUCAGAAAAAUGGAGAGCGUCGAAGGUGUGGCAGAUUGGCAUCCACAAGAGGCAGCUCACUGGUUUUGUGUUGUUCUAAUUUGAGAUGUUUUGAUGUUCUUGUUGGGUUUCUGUUAAGUGAAUGACAAUCUCUUAAACUUUUUUUUGUUAGCAACAGCUGGGGAGGAUUUGAGAACCAGAUGUUUUGGGAACUCCAUUGGUUUGGGGAUUGGGAUGGAAAAAGACGCACAAUAUAGCUUAGAAGAGGUCAAUUCUUAAAGAUAGAUUGUGGUGAGGGAUUGUGGACAAAAAGCUUUCUGGCGAGGCAAAUGUAAUUCUGUUUGGAUGAAGCUUGAAAUGAAGUUUUAUUCUGAGUUUUCAAUUAAAA